AUGUCCAUCUCAAUGCAAAACGACACCGUUCAAGCCUCCUCAUCUUCAUCAAGACCCGGUGCCACCGCCGAUCAACCAUCGGCGGUAGCUCCUUUAAGCCGCUACGAAUCGCAAAAGAAACGUGACUGGAACACGUUUGGACAGUACUUAAGAAACCAAACACCUCCGGUUUCUUUGUCUCAGUGCAACUUCAACCAUGUGCUUGAGUUUCUUCGUUACUUGGAUCAAUUUGGAAAGACUAAGGUUCAUUUACACGGUUGUAUCUUUUUCGGACAACCCGAUCCGCCCGCGCCGUGCACUUGUCCGUUGAGACAAGCUUGGGGGAGUCUCGAUGCACUCAUCGGCCGGCUUAGAGCCGCCUACGAAGAACACGGUGGUUCGCCGGAGAAUAACCCGUUCGGCACCGGAGCUAUUCGAGUUUACCUUAGGGAAGUUAAGGAGUGUCAAUCAAAAGCUAGAGGGAUUCCUUACACAAAGAAAAAGAAGAAGAGGAGUCAAAUUAAGGGCACUCAUGAUAAUUCUUCUAAGUCCUUCAAGCAAUUAGCGUCUUGA